AAUUUAGGUUGAUCGUACCGGUAAAGCCAACAAGCUCAAACCUGUCACCUAAAAAUAGGCUUUUAUGUCCGCCACACUGCGGUGUAUAAAGGUGUACGGUAAGCUAAAAUUGUGUUAUUCUGAACGUUCACACACUCUUCGAUCUCGUCAACAAAUCGAAAUUAUGGCUCGAAAGAGGAAAGGAGCUCCAGAAACAGUUGCCUCAUCGAAGAAGGGGGAUGCCGGAGUUUCGAAACCCAAGCAGGCCAAACGUGCAGCGGCGUCCAAGACUGCUGACCCGAACCAGCAUGUAUUCUACGAUGCUGAUUGGAGCGGAGUUGGUGAAGAAAGCUCAAAAGGUUUCCCUCCUGUUAUACAGCUAACAGGACCAGGGAUUAAAGGAUCGAGUAAAGUGGCUGGAUUUGAUCUUGAUUACACCCUCAUUAAACCGAAAAGUGGCAAAAAGUGGCCCACAGGUCCAUCAGAUUGGAUGCUGUUGAAUGACAAGGUGGAAAAGAAACUGAAGGAACUUCACAAAGAUGGCUACAAGAUCGUCAUCAUAUCGAAUCAGAGGGGUAUAGAAAAGGGACACACAAAACCAACAGAUUUUCAGCUCAAGAUCAAUCAGAUUGCCAAUGCAUUGCAGCUGCCCAUUCAGUGUUUUGCAUCUACCGGUGAGAAUCACUAUCGCAAGCCAGGGACGGUGAUGUGGGACUUGGCAGCAAGCGAGGAGAAUGGUGGCAUCAAGGCCGACUACACCAAGUGCAUGUACGUAGGUGAUGCAGCAGGCCGUGCCAAGAACUGGGCCCCAGGGAAACCACGGGAUUUCUCCUGCUCCGAUCGUAUGUUUGCUUACAAUAUCGGUAUUCAGUUUUACACACCAGAAGAGUUCUUUCUUGGUGAGAAGGCCGCUCCAUUUGAAUGGCAUUCAUGUGAUCCCGUCAAAGCUUUAGAAGAAGGAGAGGCAAGGAAAACGGUUAAAGAAUACCAUCAAAAGGACAAGAAGGUGAAAGACCUUGUGAUCAUGGUUGGACCUCCAGCAUCGGGUAAAAGUACUUUUGCCAAGGCCAUGCUAGUCAGCAAUGGAUAUGAGUGGAUCAACAGAGAUACUCUCAACACUCCUGCUAAGUGUUUCAAAGCUACAGAGGCAGCAAUCAGUGCUGGCAAGAAUGUCGUGAUUGACAAUACCAACCCUUCAAAGUCUGCAAGAGCAGAUUACAUCGACCUGGCGAAAGAAGCAGGCUAUACUGUACGAUGUUUCAUCAUGGAUACUCCCUUGGAGCUGGCAUUUCACAUGAACAUGUACCGACAGUCAUUGACAGAGGGCGGUGUUCGUCGCAUCCCACAGGUGGCUUAUAACAUGUACAAGAAGAACUACAUGGCUCCUACCCUCGAUGAGGGCUUUAAGACCAUUGAGAAGAUUCCGUUCGUACCAAGAUUCAGCAGCGACAAGGAUCGGGAUCUCUUUCUGCAGAAAACAGACAUGAGUUAAGAUUAUCGAUCAGGGACUCCUAACAUAAAGCUUAGCCCUCAUCGUAGAGCAUAUAUUUUACAAUUGAUUGCAUUGACUACAAUGUACUAUCGAUCAUGAAAAAUCAAGCGCACGAUCAAUUGCUAACCUUUGUGUUAAUGGACCCUUUACUUCUCUGAGAGCUUUCAUGCAAAGGUGAUGGAUAUGAAAAAAAAUCAUUAAAAUGAGCUAUCCACCGCAUAGUCUUUCUAGUACACUACCUUCUUGUUAUGUAUCUCUUCUACAAGCUGUGCGAUGAAUUACAUUAUUUGCUUCAGAUACAGAAUAAAUCAAUAUUUUAUAUUUAGCAUACAGAUAUUUGUCAUGAUUUGUGAAUUUAUGAUUAAAAUGAGUUACAUGUAUUUUGAACAAGCCCUAACUAUGGUGAGAAAAAUACCCCCCCCCAAAAAAAAAUAAAAAAUAAAAAAAUGAAUAAAUAAAAUCACUUCACACAGUAGUUCAAGACCUUUAUAGGAUUUGAUAGAAAAUGGAGUACACAACCUAAUGAGUUAAAAAUUGCCCAUCAAGAGGCUUGUACUAUCUGUUCAGCUGAAUUUCAACUGUAUUUCAGCUUAAUUCAGUACUUGGCUUUUAUGACUCGAGUAUUAAAAGUUGAAAUUAAUCACAAAUCGUGUGUAUCUAUGUGAAGCCUAUGAGAGUUUGUAUCUGUGCCUUGAUCAUACACCAACAAAAAAGGGAGAUAUUAACAAAAACUGCCAUACGAUGUCUUUCUGUUUUGAUAUUUUAUAACAACACAUUGACCUUGAUAUGUAUCACAUAUUGUAGUUGUUUUAAUUGGAAGCUAUGGUAUCAUCUUAAUAUCAAAUCUUUAUAGAUCAGUGCUUUUUGUUUUCUGGAAAUGGUAUAGAAAGUAUAAAGCUGUAUUUCGAGAAUUUUAUUUCACAUCAUCUGUAGAUGUGUAAUAUCAUGUAAAAUAUAUAAAUACAAUUAAGCCAUUAGAUAACUUACAAUAAUUAUUCCUUGCCAAAAUUUUAACUUCAGGGAAUAAUUUUCAUGGUAUCAACAAUUUGCUCUAUAUUUGUAAAGACUGCUAUGCCUAUGCAUCAAGCCUUGCAUAGCAUAUUUUUAUAUUGGACUGUACAUUACUUGUUGAGAGCUUUUCUCUUAUGACCAAAAUUGCUAUUCAAAUUUGUAAAGCAAAAUUAUUCCCUGAACUUUUUUUAUGUGAAAUCUUCAGUUAUUAUUCUUGAUACAGAAUAAUUCUCUAAUUACCCACAUGCGCUUGGACAUGGCUAUUUAACAUUUGCUAUAAUAGAUAGGUUAGAUGAAUUUCAAGAACUUGAUUGCUGCCAUUUUUACAUGACUCUACUUCUUAAUAGCAAACAUGUACAUUCUUUAAAGUGUGAUUUUUAUCUAGAAAAGAUGAAUAUAACUUGCAUAUUGACAUGUCUAGUUUCAGGUUGCAAAAGUAGAUGUGACAGAUAUUUAGAUUGCAAGAAAUUGAGGUGAAUAUGUUUUGUGAACUCAUGAGAGGUACUCAUCAUGCAUUGUAUGUGGCAUUCAGAAUAUGCAUUUAAACUUGAAAGUAGCAGUAAAAAACAAUAUAUAGUGAGUUAACUUCAGUUGAUAUGUUUAAAGUCAAUCAGUGUUCAAAAGAUACCAUGUAGCUUUUGUGGAUUGUCAUAGACUUCAGUAUAUAGCCCCAAUUUUCUAAACAAAUUGUAACUCUUUUUAUACGGUUUUUCUUUUACAGUCUUAAUCUUGAUUGCAAUAUUGAUUGUGAAUCUGAAUCUAUGUUACAAAAUCAGGUUGAGAGCUCUAGGAUUUAUUUUUUUGUUUUUAUCCUAGUCAUGAAUUGUCAGUACUGAAAUAUUUACUGAAAUUGUAUUUAGAUCUGUGUGUUUGGAUUAUUAUCAAUGUUAAAUUGAAUUGCAUUUAAAAAAUGUAUUUUAGAUGUCACUGUAUUCUCUUUGAUUCAUUCCAGGUAAUACUCAAAACAUUUCGAUAAGAAUUGAAUAUGUGUGUAAAAGUAGGUUUUUAUUUUUAGAUGUACAUGUACCAAGCUAUCACAGACAGAGAUUUGAUUUUCAGGUUUGGUGGAUUUAAACAAUGUAAGAUAACUCAACUGAAGAGUUAAAUGAAAGUGAUUUCCAUACCAGGAAAAAUACAUUUAAAAAAAAAUGUAUAGAGCACUUAAAAAGUGACAACAAAUUUGUGAAAUCGCAAUUAGUUCAAGAUUUGAAAACCAGCAACCAUACAUAUUAGAAGGGUUUGGAGGAAGGGGCAAAAUCAUACCUUUUAAUAUAUUCUUAUUAUAACCAAUUAAGUCUAUCUGGAUCAAUUUUCUUUACCAAAAAUGGAGUUCAUGUGAUUAAUGUAAAAGUGUCUUUCAUUGCCAAUAAUGUUUGUGUAAUCAUGUAUUUUUUAUGUAGAUAAUUUAUGAAAUAGAGUAAUAUCAGCAAACU